GUGUGCCAUCACCACGCACAAAACAAAUGUUUUGCAUUUUCCGGUGAAAUUAAUUUAAAAUUUAUAUUUUUCGCGAUGCGUUCACGUAGCAGGAGUCGCAGCCGUCAGAGGAACCGCCGGCGACGCAGCAGAUCCGACUCCAGAGAACGUAACCGCUCCAGGGAGCGGGAGAAAGACAGAGAGCGGGAGCUUCAUAAGGAAAGAACUUCAAAUCGAAGUUCCCGACGUUCCAGGGAAAAAGAACUGGUGCCCCGUCGUCGUCGUACCCGCUCCGCGUCCUCCAGUAGCUCGGGCAGCAGCAGUGGCAGCCCCAGUUCCUCCAGAAGCUCCUCUGCCCACCGAAAAUCAGAAAAGAAGUCCGUGGAACGCUGGCCCAACGAUCGGUUCCACGAGAACAACCACGACCGACGGCAGAAUCCUUUCCGGGGCCGCGCUCCUGAGGGCAGUUUUAUCAACGAUCCCGCUGAACCGUCCAGUAGAAGCCAUCAAAGAGGGCGCGGCGCCGCCGGUGGCCACCACUCCAAUGCCAAUGUGAAUGCUCGCAGGGACCACCGGGUUCGCAUUGGCGAGGAAGGCGUGCCCGAGGUCUGGGGCAAGAGCCCAACGCGACCGGAAAACGACGACGUGGAACUGGUCAAGGGCUCCUACGUGGGACCCAAGAAAAAGAAAAAGAAGGGCAAAAAAAAAAGCAAGAAGUCUGAAAAGAAGUCAAAGAAGAAAUCUAAGAAAGCAAAGAAGAAAAAGAGCAGGAAAUCCAGCUCUUCGGAGGACUCCUCUUCCAGUGAGUCCAGCAGCGAGGAUAGCAGCGACGACUCCAGCGAUGACACUAGCAGCUCCAGUUCCGAAAGCGAUGAUGAGUCUGAGGAAGAUGUUUGGCUGGAGAAAACCGCCGAAGGCAUUAAGAAACCUAAAAAGAAAAAGUCAUCUGCAAGCAAAAAGGAUAAGAAAUCCAAAAAGAAGAAGAAGAAGAGGAAAUCCGAGAUGGCCAAGUCUAAAAAGAAGAGCUCCUCCUCCAGUGGCGGCAGAUCCAAGACCAAGGACAGCUCCAAUCACAACGACGAGGAUGUGGGUCCCUCCCUUCGAACCGGUGGCAGCCUCAAUCAAAAGGACUUUGGCAAGGCUCUGCUGCCCGGCGAAGGAGCUGCUAUGGCUGCCUACAUCGCUGAGGGCAAGCGGAUUCCCCGACGUGGAGAAAUCGGCCUGACCUCCGACGAGAUCGCCAACUUUGAGUCUGUAGGCUAUGUCAUGAGCGGUAGCCGGCACCGGCGCAUGGAGGCGGUGCGUAUCCGCAAGGAGAACCAGCUGUACUCCGCCGACGAGAAGAGGGCGCUGGCCAUGUUCAGCAAGGAGGAGCGGCAGAAGCGCGAGAACAAGAUUCUUUCGCAGUUCAAGGACAUGAUUCACAACAAGCUCCAAGCCAAGGACAAGAAGUAGAUGCGAAAAACCUUAAAAAUAAAAGAUUCAGAGGACAACAUUUAAAGACUUAAAUAUUUUUACUUAAAUAAAUAUGUUGAAUACUGGAAU